UUAGUGAUUAGUUGGGAUCUUUAGAUACUGAUCUCCACAAUAUUUGCUGAUAUUCUCAUUUUGCUCAUUAGUCGAUUCCUAUGGAGACAAUGACUUAAAAUUCUCUUCGUUUUUGCAAGAUAUUUGCUACGAAUGGCACUACCUAAAAUCACCUUAUACAUCUCUUUAUAAAUAGGAAGCAUUCUGCAACAUAUAUGCACAUAUCAUCCUCUUGACUCGUAAUCUCCCCAUACUUAAAAAAUCUCUUUCUAACAAGUCAUAUAACAAUGGCAUCAAGCUCAAUGUCUUCUCACAGCUCUGGCUCGUGGACCGCUAAGCAGAACAAAGCCUUUGAGCAGGCUCUAGCAACCUAUGACCAGGACACUCCUAACCGUUGGCAAAAUGUAGCAAAAGUCGUGGGUGGAAAAACAACAGAGGAGGUAAAGAGACACUACGAACUCCUAGUGCAAGAUAUCAACAACAUAGAGAACGGUCAUGUUCCAUUCCCAAACUACAGAACUAGUGGAGGCUGCACCAAUGGCAGGCUUAGUCAGGAGGAAAAAAGGAUGAGAAACAUGAGGCUGCAGUGAAUAAAAAACCAUCGAGAAUAAAAGAGGACACACCUAUCGAUUUUUCUCUUUAAGCAUUCAAUGGCGAAUUAUUAAUUAUGACAUAAGCUUAACGCUAAAUUUGAAGAAUCAAUAUCUUUCGAAUCUCCAAUUUUAGUAUUAAGGUUCUUUGUAAUGAAAAGUUCAACAUCAUCAUGAAUC